AUUUGUUAGCGGGUGUUCUAUUUUUAAGGUAGAAUCUUUAGAUAAACACCAAUCCUCCGUUACCAACAAACGCUGCUCUGAAGCUGAGUCUGCCAUGAGUUCUCUAUCAUCUUUACCAGCUGCAGUUUUUCGUAUGAAUGAGAAAACUACAAAGCAGCUGACAGUGUUAUUCAAUAUCUCUUAUUUUAUUUUAAUGAAAGAUCGGCCGCUGUCUGACUCCCGUGAUCUAGCCUCGUUACACCAGAAAAAUGGUGUUGAACUGAUUGAACAGUACAUCAAUGACAAACAAUGUCGUGAGUUCAUACGAUGCAUAUCUCAGAGUCAAAGACAGCUUCAACUUGACAGAAUCAACAACAAGACUUUCCAGUUCUCCAUUAUGCUAGAUGCAUCAACGGACAGUUCACAACACGAAAACGUCAUCUUUUACAUUCGUUACUGCUCAGACGAGGAAACAAAACCCGUAACCGAGUUUUUUGCAUUUGAAAGUUUGCCCGGUGGAGAUGCUGCAUUAUAUAUGAAAGUUUUGGAAGAUACUUUGACUGAUCGGGGCUUGCAGGACUGGAAGCAGAGACUGAUUGCUUUGGGAACAGACGGCUGCAACGCCAUGCGUGGUGUGCACAAUGGCCUAGCUGCAAGGAUUGAGCGACAGGUGGCUGGGGUUACAACCAUUCAUUACAUUGCACAUAAUCUACAGCUGGUAAUUCUAGAUGCUUCUAGAGAUGUACCAUACCUGCGAGAAAAGCAACGUAAUGUCCAUCACAUAGCUGAGGUGUUGGAUAACCAUAUCAUGCAGCUUGGAGACAUACGUGCAAUUAGAUGGGUGGCAAGUAAAGUUCGGGCAUUAGAAGCAUUCAGGCAAGAUUGGAGUACAGUUGUUACACAUCUGCAGCAACUUGUUGCAAGUGGAGGGACUUCGGCUUCAUCUGAUGAGCGUUCCACGGCCAAGGGUUUACUUUCAACCAUUUUGAGCAAGCGCUUUAUCCGGAUGUUGUACUUCUUGCUCGACCUUCUAAGAAUAUCAAAGAAGUUGUCUCUGUUCUUCCACAAGAGUAACGUAUGUGCGUCAGAAAUCCCAGAUUCAAUCAAUUCAAUAACCAGGCAGCUCAGAGGCAUGCGUGAAAAGCCUCGAAAGGAAGAGGAGCUUGCUCUAUAUCUGCCUCUUUACCGUGCUGAUGGAACAUUUCAAGGACACAAACUUAGCACACCGACAAUGAGACGCCAUGAAACAAUACUACCAGACCUUGUUCAAGAUGAACAGAAGCUUGUAGACGCUGCUAUUUGCUUUGGAUCAUGUGAAAUAUUUGAUCCAAACAACUGGCCUCUUGAUGAUGCUAGCGAAAAUUACGGAAACAACGAAAUAGAUGUGCUGGUAGAGAAAUUUAAAGAUCCUCUAAGUCAAAGUCUCAGUGGUAACAUUAAUGUUGCUGAACUGAAGGCCACUGCUAGGGACGAGUGGCAGGAACUCUUAGAUCUGCUGAAGCGAAGAAAGGCAAGAACGUAUGAAAGGGUCUACGAAGCAACAGUAUGUGCCAAAGAGCGGUUCCCUAUAGUGUCUCGAUUAAUUCAGCUGACUGCAAUUCUUCCUAUGUCGACUGCUGAGUGCGAAAGAGGCUUUUGA